CUUUCGCUCUUUUCCUCCGCGGGGCCGUAGCGGGAGCGGCGGCUGGCUUGUUCGUCUAGGACGAUCUAGUGCCAUCCUCGUCGCUCCGGCGACCCCCAUACCCGGCGUCACCAUGACUGAACAGAUGACCCUUCGCGGCACCCUCAAGGGCCAUAAUGGCUGGGUAACUCAGAUCGCUACCACCCCGCAGUUUCCCGACAUGAUUCUGUCAGCUUCGCGAGAUAAGACCAUUAUCAUGUGGAAGUUGACCCGGGAUGAGACUAACUACGGCAUCCCCCAGCGGGCCCUACGGGGCCACUCGCACUUUGUGAGCGAUGUGGUCAUCUCCUCCGACGGCCAGUUCGCCCUUUCAGGCUCCUGGGAUGGAACCCUGCGUCUCUGGGAUCUCACAACGGGCACCACCACACGCCGAUUCGUGGGCCACACCAAGGACGUGCUGAGCGUGGCCUUUUCUUCUGACAACCGGCAAAUUGUCUCGGGCUCCCGAGAUAAGACCAUCAAGCUUUGGAACACUCUGGGGGUUUGCAAGUAUACCGUGCAGGACGAAAGCCACUCGGAGUGGGUGUCCUGUGUCCGCUUCUCACCCAACAGCAGCAACCCCAUCAUCGUCUCCUGUGGCUGGGACAAGCUGGUCAAGGUGUGGAACUUGGCGAACUGCAAGCUGAAGACCAACCACAUCGGCCAUACGGGCUACUUGAACACAGUCACCGUCUCUCCCGACGGCUCCCUCUGUGCCUCUGGAGGCAAGGAUGGCCAGGCAAUGCUGUGGGACCUCAAUGAGGGCAAGCACCUGUACACACUGGAUGGGGGUGACAUCAUCAACGCCCUGUGCUUCAGCCCCAAUCGCUAUUGGCUCUGUGCCGCCACUGGCCCCAGCAUCAAGAUCUGGGACCUGGAGGGCAAGAUCAUCGUGGAUGAGCUGAAGCAGGAAGUGAUCAGCACCAGCAGCAAGGCUGAACCGCCUCAGUGCACAUCCCUGGCCUGGUCUGCAGAUGGCCAGACACUGUUCGCUGGCUACACAGACAACCUGGUACGAGUGUGGCAGGUGACGAUUGGCACCCGCUAGACCUCAGCGGAGAUUUAAAAAUAAAGCCUUGAUUUUUCUGA